GGAGAGGAAGUUUACUUUUCUUAGCUGACUUCUUUGGUCAGAGAAUGAGCAAUUAGAACCCAGGCUGGGAGCGGGGUGCAAACUCAGAUUCUGGGAACUAACCCGCCGGAGUCCAUAAGUGUAAUCUUUUCGGGCGCAGUGCAACAAGCUCUGGUUCCCGUUUUCAAUCGUGUUGAUCCCUAGUUGGAUCUGCUUUGGAAGUGGAAUUGAACACAGACCCAUGUUUAUGCUCUGAAGGGCAUGUGUAAACUCCACAAGAGGAUAGCUGGAUGAUGAACUUGAAACUCGUGGAAUACUUGGAGGAAGUUAAGGUAUUUUUCCCUCCAGAGGAGACGUCUGUGGAGACAUUACAUUGACUAAAAUCAGAAUUCCCAGGAACCUGAAUAGAGGCUGCCAGAUUCUCAGUCAUUGCUACUCUGACUUCUAGGGACUAACUUCAAAGAAGGAAGGGAUCCAGCAGUGCUUCCUCAUUCUCAUUCAAAACCUGCUUCCUGCUGAAUCCUUGGAUAGGAAACCAGAAACCAGAGCAUCUAGCCCUACCCAUGGAAACUCAAGCCGAUCAUGUAUCUCACGAACCUCAGGCCCGGCUUGAGAGUGCUCUUCCUUCUUCAAAAGUUCCUGCCUUUUCUGACAAGGACAGCCUGGGGGAUGAGAUGUUGGCAGCUGCACUCCUAAAGGCCAAGUCUCAGGAGUUGGUGACAUUUGAAGAUGUAGCUGUGUACUUCAUCCGGAAGGAGUGGAAGCGUUUGGAACCUGCUCAGAGGGAUCUCUACAGGGAAGUGAUGCUAGAGAAUUAUGGCAAUGUAUUCUCAUUGGGUGAGGAAAGUGAGAUCAGAGAUCUCAAGUGCCUUGUGCAUCAUCAUAGAACUGAUGGUGAAUCCAGAACUGAAAAUGAUCAGGAAAUUUCUGAAGAUACAGGAUCACGUGGGAUGCUGUUGGGACGAUUCCAGAAGGAUAUUUCUCAGGGUCUUAAGUUUGAAGAAGCCUAUGAACAAGAAGUUAAUGUAAAGAGGCAACUAGGGAACUCCUCUGGAGAAAGAUUGAAUAGGAAAAUACAAGAUUUUGGUCAAGUGACAGAUGAGGAAAAACUCACUGCCAUGGGAGAGAGAAAGGAGAAACAUAAUGAGUUUCGGAACAGCUUCACUGUGAAUACCAACCUUAUUUCACAUCAGAGACUUCUUAUGGGAGACAGACCCCAUAAGUGUGAUGAAUGUAGCAAGAGCUUUAAUCGAACUUCAGACCUUAUUCAGCAUCAGAGAAUCCACACUGGGGAAAAGCCCUAUGAAUGUACUGAAUGUGGGAAGGCCUUCAGCCAGAGUUCUCAUCUUAUUCAGCACCAGAGAAUCCACACUGGGGAGAAGCCUUAUGAAUGUAAUGAUUGUGGAAAGACCUUCAGUUGUAGCUCUGCUCUCAUCCUCCAUCGAAGGAUCCACACUGGGGAGAAACCUUAUGAAUGUAAUGAGUGUGGAAAAACUUUUAGCUGGAGCUCCACCCUGACUCACCACCAGAGAAUCCACACUGGUGAAAAGCCCUAUGCCUGUAAUGAAUGUGGGAAGGCCUUCAGUAGGAGCUCCACCCUUAUUCAUCAUCAGAGAAUCCACACUGGAGAAAAACCCUAUGAAUGUAAUGAGUGUGGGAAGGCCUUCAGCCAGAGCUCACACCUCUAUCAGCACCAGAGAAUUCACACUGGAGAGAAGCCCUACGAAUGUAUGGAAUGCGGAGGAAAGUUUACUUAUAGUUCAGGCCUUAUUCAGCAUCAAAGAAUCCACACAGGGGAGAAUCCCUAUGAAUGUAGUGAGUGUGGGAAAGCCUUCAGGUACAGCUCUGCUCUUGUUCGCCACCAGAGGAUUCACACUGGAGAGAAGCCUUUGAAUGUAACGGGUAUGAGCAAAAGUUCCCUCAGAGUUACUGCUGAAUUAAAUAUCAGAGAGUCUACAUGAAAGGGAGCCACACAGUGUUUUCCUCACUUCCCCUGAGUCACAAGAGCUCUUGCCUUACUGGAUAAGUAUGGACAACUUGGGAUGUGUCCCUUCCACCUGAGACCUUUCACUUUAGAGAAUGGGGCAGAUUGGGCAAGUCAUUCUGGCAUGGUGAUCAGCAACCUAGCAGAUUUCUCAGCAGUGAUACCAGCCUUGGAACUGAGGCAAGCAGCAGAUAAAGUGCAGGGAAUAGAAGAAAGCCUGGGGACCAGUCACUCUUUUUUGGAAAGGAGAUUGCACUAAACCAUUCUUGCAUCAGAAAAGCCUUUCUUUCCAAGGAGGGGAUGGAAGCUUAGUAGGAACAAAAUUCCAAGGAUUCCAGUAGUUGGAGUCAGUACGAUGAGCACAGAAGGCAGCUGAAAGAAUGUUCUGGGUCCUCCUAUUUGCUGGGAAUGGAAAAGAGGGCUGUAUUUCAAAGCCACUCUUCCCAGUUCAACUUUAAGAUUUGUGUUGUUUCUUGAUUUCAUUACUUGCAGAAACUAGGUUUUGAGGGAUUUGUUAUUUUAUUGAGGAGGGGGAUAAAAGAAUUUCUGUAAUGCUUGUAUCUUGUAAGGCUCUUGGAGCAGUAAGACCACAAAUCCAAGAGCAGUGUGGCACUGGGCAGACCCCUUGUGGUCCUCCCUGUUAUAAUGGGACUGGAUGGGAAGUCCAUCUAAGUGAAUAACCUGAGAACGGGUCAGAAGCAUAUAACACGGCCUCUGAUUCCUGUCCUUUCUCCCUCUUCCUAUUCCUGUGAUGAAAAGUGACUUAAUCCCACUCUCUAGUUAUUAAGGAUGCUUUUGAGAAGCUCACUCAGCCAACCUGUCCUGCCUUCUGUCAUCUCUAAUAUCUGACCACAGCAAUCCGACUUCUGACUCCACCUCUGACUUCAAGCAGAGGAGGAUUAAUGCAAAUAAAGAGAAAGCCCCAGAGAAGGAAGGCUGUGGCCUGAGCCUGGUGGAGUGCUCCUUGCUGGUUAGGGUGGUGCUCCCUGAGUUUUCCUGGCCCGAGGGAUGAUCUUCCAUUGUGUUUCCCUGAUCCUGCUCAUCCUGUAGCAUUAAUGAAGUGCACUAUUAAACAAUAGUUUUUUCAGAA